UCUGGGCAUGGUCUGGCCCUGUCGGCAUGGCCUCGUCCAGCCAGCACGUCCCUCUGCUCGUCCCGGUUUGACUCGCGGGGCCACCGGCUGGGAGAGGCAGAGCUGCCUGGAGAGCACUCAGGAAACCGGGAAAAUGGCCAUGGGGCUCCUGAAAGCCAGGAAAGAGGCUUUCGUGGCGUUCAGGGAUGUGGCUGUGGACUUCACCCAAGAGGAGUGGAAGUUGCUGAGCCCUGCUCAGAGGACCCUGUAUGGAGAAGUGAUGCUGGAGACCUGCAACCACUUGGUCUCACUGGGUAUUCCAUUUUCCAAACCAAAACUCAUUACUCAGCUGGAGCAAGGGGAGGAGCCCUGGGAAGAGGAGAGAAAACAUCUGCUGGACCUCUGUCCAGGAGGAUCAAAAGCAGAAAUUCAACCUCAUCCCUUCUGCCAUCUGGCAUUCUCCAGUCAGCAAGCCCUCAGCCAGCAUGGGUGGCUCAGUCAUUUCCCUCAAAUAUUCCCAAGUUUAUAUCCAGAAAAUCAUUUCCAUCCAGGGAAACAAAAUCCAGGAGGUCAGAAACAGCAGCAGGAGCACCUUUUUGAUCCUCGCUGCUCAAGUGACAAAGCAGAAGUUCAACAGAAAGAGGACUCCAAAACCUCGCUCAGGAGAGCAAACAAGAGCACCGCCUCAAAGGCGUUCUCCAGCCCACCUGAAGAGCAGCCUGUCUGGCCCAAGGAAGACAACACAGUGGUGGAUAUAGGGCCCAGCUCAGAACAGAGGACAGACCUUGAGGAAACAGACAAAGUCUUUAAUGAUUUAGAAAUCUCAGGAUUUGAAGCAAUCAAAUACGGAGAGCUUGGACUGGGCUUUAUCAAGAGGUCAAAUCUACUCGACCUCGAGAAGGGACACACAGGGGAGACAUCUUACAUGUACAAUGAGUGGGGACAAGACUUGGGCAGUUUGUCAGCCCUCAUCAAAAACCAGGGGACACACUCUGGGGAAAAGCCUUAUGUGUGCAGGGAAUGUGGGCGGGGCUUUACCUGGAAGUCAAACCUCCUCACGCACCAGAGGACACAUUCAGGGGAGAAGCCUUAUGUGUGCAAGGAGUGUGGACGAGGCUUUACUUGGAAGUCAAACCUCUUCACACAUCAGAGGACACAUUCAGGGAUCAAGCCUUAUGUAUGCAAGGAAUGUGGGCAGAGCUUUAGCCUGAAGCCAAACCUCAUCACACACCAGAGGGUACACUCUGGAGAGAAGCCUUAUGUUUGCAGAGAAUGUGGGCGUGGCUUUUGCCAGAAUUCACACCUCAGUAGACACAAGAGGACACAUUCUGGAGAGAAGCCUUACGUUUGCAGGGAAUGUGAGCAAGCCUUUAGCCAGAAGUCACAUCUUGUCAGACACCUAAGGACGCACACGGGAGAGAAGCCAUUUGUAUGCACAGAAUGUGGGCGUCACUUUAGCUGGAAGUCAAAUCUCAAGACACAUCAGAGGACACACUCAGGGGUUAAGCCUUAUGUGUGUCUGGAGUGUGAGCAGUGCUUUAGCCUGAAGUCAAACCUCAACAAACACCAGAGGUCACACUCAGGGGAGAAGCCAUUUGUAUGCAGGGAGUGCGGACGGGGCUUUACUCGGAAAUCAACCCUUAUCACACACCAGAGGGCACACUCAGGGGAGAAGCCGUUUUAUGCAGGGAGUGUGGGCGAGGCUUCAACGAUAAGUCAACCCUCAUCUCACACCAGAGGACACACUCAGGGGGAAAGCCUUUCAUAUGAAGGGGGUGUGGUAGAAGCUUCGGCCAGAAGCCGAACCUGUUCAGGCACAGGAGGACACAUUCUGGGGGGAAGCCUCAUGUGUGCCGGGAGUGUGGGCAAGGCUUUAGCUGACAGUCACACCUCGUCAGACACCAGAUGAUGCAUUCAGGGGAGAAGGCUUAUAUUUGCAAGAAGUGUGGGUGACGAUUUAGUCAGAAGCCAAACCUCACCAGACAUCAGAGGACACACUCAGGAUAGAAACUUUGUGUCUACAAGGAGUGCAGUGAAGCCUUUAGCCAGAAGUCACACUUUAUAAAACACCAAAGGACACACAUAGGGCAGAGGUCUUUUUGCAGAGUUUGGCUGUGGUGUGGUGUUAGUAAUCAGUCAGUCAUUGCCAGGCAUCGAAGCAGAGAUGCCCAAGAGUCAGCAUCUCCAGUCUACCCAAAGGAGACCUGCUGGCCCGUCUCCAAAAGCUGUCCCUUUCUCUAGGAUGGUGGUUUGUGGAAGAUCACUCAGGUAACUUGAAGAGAGAGAGAGAGUACUUUUAAAAUAGGCUGAAAUUAGGAAGCAGACUAUUCAGUGUGGUUUCCCAAGCAUCCUAGAACACUUCUUCCACAGUAACCUGCAUGUUGUGGAAGCGACCUCUAGAGCUUGUCUCUUUUGAUGUAGGUCUGGCCUAUGUGAGAGAACAAGAGAGUUGGCAAAAACUGGUGCUUAUUUCAUUUUGAUUCUCCAGGGCCAGAGAUGACCCAGGAGACUCAGCCUCAGGGAGAGUUUGGGGAAUGGUGAAUUCAUGAGAACCGGGAUUGUGCAUGGGUAGAAGAGGGUUUUAUUGUACCAAGUAAUGAUAGGUGAGAAAGAUAGUAAGUGCCCCAGCUUGAGAUUUGGGAAGAGGUGUCUGUGUUUUGAAAUAUCCUAGCUUUGCUUUCUUCCUGAGGCUUUCUCGCAUUGACGGUUGAAUCCGUACUGGAGAUAUUUUUAUUGACUGAAUGUGCCUAGACUACAAAUGUAACGUGUUUUUUUUUUUUUUUUUAAGAAACCACAUAUAUGCUGAAGUAUAAAAUUAAAUUACUUUCUAUUUUUUCCUGAAUUACCAUAUAACAUCUCACAGGUAAUUCGUUGGUGUAAAUCUUUCCAAACGCUGCAAAAUAUGCUUCUGGUUGGGAGUAUUCUCUUUUUGAAAACAGUAGUGUCUCACAAAUUAAUUUGUACAUCCUUGGUUAAGUCCCUUUUUUUUAUUUCCUCAUGGAACUUGAGUAAAUGAUUCUAAAUUUUAUUGAAAUAAAAUAAAUUUUAUUGAAAUAAACUUUUCAAGAAUGGACAGGAAAAUAUGUCUUUUUGUGGGACGUGGGUAUUUAGAAUAGAUCUUUAGAACCCUACAAAAGAAAAACCUAUCUAUACAUGAGCAUUUAAAGUGUGAUAAAGCAGUAUUUCAAAUUAGUGUGAAAAUGGCACAUACGGGACAGGGUUUGAGCCAUUAGCUUUCAAUUUAGGGGAAAAAAUAAACAUGGAUCGUGUAAUGGAGUGAAUUGUGUACCCCCAGGAAUGUGUUGAAGCCUUAUCCCCAGUGCCUGUGAAAUUGACCUUAUUUGGAAAUGUGGUCUUUGUAGAUGUAGUCAAGUUGAGGUCAUGCUGGAUUAGGGUGGGUCCUAUAUGCAUUGAUGGUAUCCUUAUAAGGAGUGAGUUAUUUGGAGACGGACACACACAGAGGAAAGACGGCCAUGUGAAGAUAGAGCAGAAAUUGGAAUGAUGCAGCUACAAGCCAAGGAGUGCCAGCAGCCACAAGAAGCUAGGAAGAGGCAGAGAAGGAUUCUUCCUUAGAGCCUUCAGAGGGAGCAUGGCUCUGCUGACACCUUGAUUUUGGCCUUUUGGCCUCCAGAAUUGUGAGAGAGUAAAUUUCUAUUGUUUUCAGCUACCCAGUUUGUGGUUAAUUUAAGUCUCAAUAUCAAAGGCAUUAGAAUUAAGGACUUUUAUCCCAAAUAGUAUGAGGUGUAAAAGUCUUAAUAUGUAUUCAAAAUCUAAGUAUGUUUGAGUAGAGAGAAGAACCUGGUGAAAAAUUAUGAAAUAUUAGCCUCAAGGGACAGUUGGCAUGGCCUGACCUUCUCCUUCCCCACGACAAUGCCUGGACUAUCUAUUCCUACUCAAUAGAAAAGUAUCUUUUGAGUUUUUAUCAUGUUAUGGAUUGAAAUACAUCCCCCAAAAUUAUGUGUUGUAAAUCCUAACCUCUAUGCCUCUGGUUAUAAUCACAUUUGGGAAUGGGUUGUCUUUGUUAUGUUAAUGAAGCAGGAUUAGUGUAGGCCAUGUCAAGUCAAUCUCUUUCGAGAUAGAUAUAAAAGGGAUUAAACAAGCAAAAGAAGCAGAGAUGGGGGAGGAGAGAUGCCAAGCCACAGGAAGAUUGCCCAGGAGCAGAGACAAGGACAUUUCUCCAGAGCUGACAGAGAGAGAAAGCCUUCCCCUAGAGCCAGCACCCUAAAUUUGGACUUCUAGCCUCCCAAACUGUGAAAAUAUAAAUUUCUGUUUGUUAAAGCCAUCCACUUGUGGUACUUCUGUUAUAGCAGCACUAGGUGACUAAGAAUUUGGUACAGGAAAAGUGGGCUUCAGCUCUGCUUUCUAAACCCACUGGGAUGGCAACCCUGCUGCCUUGACUUUGGGCAGCCCCGUUCGCCUCGUCCAUCUGAGUCCCCCUUGGAUCUCCCCCAAGUGUCCAGAGAGGGUGGCCAAUACUCAGAUUCAGGAGGACAGGGGCAUUACCUAGAUAGUCUCAGAGAACUGGGGAUUAUUUUCUAGUCUUGAGAGUUAACGUGAAUUGUUCUGCUGGGUUUUGGACUUGCUUGGUGCCUGUUAUCCCUUCUUUCCCUCCAAUUUCUCCCAUUUGUGAUGGAAAUGUCUACCUUGUGCCUGUUUUACCAUUGUGCUUUGGAAACAGAUAAAUUGUCCAGAAUUCACAGACUCACACAUGAAAAAGAAAUUUUGCCCUGGGAUACAAUAUGCAGAAAGUCUCGCCCUUAUUUCAUUUAGAUGAGAUUUUAGGGUUGGAGUUGAUUUAAGACUUUUGGGGUGAUGUGAUGGGGUGAAUGUGUUUUGCAUGUGGCUAGGCCAUGAAUUUUGGGGGCCAAAGGGUAGAAGGCCAAAGGUUAUGCCUUAUAACUAUAGGCAUAGAGGUUAGGGUUUAUACACAUACCACAUAUUUAUCUCACAAAUCAAAAUGUUAACAUCAGCAACUAAAACAAAAAAAAAAAUCUGCAACUAGAAGGAAGAAAAUUAAUGUUUCAAUUGCUAUAUACUGUUAUUUCACUGAAAACAACUUGAUGGCAUCACGGAUUUUUCUUCACAAAGUGCUGGAUAAAUGUACAAGACUUGUAAGGUGGGACUUUAAGUGGAAGAAAACAACAGACUAUGCAAAUGUAAAAUCGAAGUUAUGCCGGUUUUUCUAAUAUACUGAAGAUACACGGCUAGAAGCACUUUAAUACACACUGGCUCUAAUUCAUUUCUACAAAUGUAUUUACGCAUUCUAUUAUGUUUAUGUGACCAAAGUUUAAGACCUGUUUUUACUGUAAUGUAAUAUAAAAAAAAAAAUGUAAUAUAGUGAGUAUAAAAUAUGUCUUAAUGUUAAUAUUACUUCUUAUCCCUUGAGUUCUAGUAUGGAACGAAUCAGAGAAAAUCCAUGUCAAGAAUUUUCAGGUAUGAAAAGGUUGAUAUAAAACCACAUGUAAAAUUUGCAACACAGAUAAGUUUCGAGGGAGGCACCUGAAGUGUCACUGUCCGGAUGGAUACAAUGCAGUGCAAACCAAGAAGACUGAGAAGAUUGAAGAAAGCGUUCCGCGUAAGCAACAAAAACAUUAGACGAGUUUGCCGUUGCAGAAUGCCUCGAGGUGAACAAUUGUUGAUGCGUGUCGAAUUAGUUACUGUUAACGGUUAUUCCUUUCAGUUAAUUGAAUAUGCAGGAUUCUGUAAAGUUUUAAAUCCAUUUAUUGCUUCAACUGGUCAAAAUUUUUUAAUCACCUCAGAUAUUAGGGAAACAAUAAUUCGCUUGUCCUUAAAAUUUAGCCCCCAAAAUAGUAGUAGUCUAGAAAAACUAAUAUUCUCUUUGAACGUGGAUGUUGCCUGUAGGUUGAGUUGGUCAAUUCUGGAAAUUAACACUCAGUUCGCGCAAGACAGUAAGAUAACAUCUGUUGACACUGGGAAUGAAAGAAUUAAAGACAGGUCUGGACAUAAAAAAACACUGUGUAUCAGAUUUUAGAGAAGUACAACAUUCAUUUACAGCAGAUUAUUCCAUAACAGCAAAUAAUGGCUCUAAUAUGAUUAAACUUGUUGACGUGCUCAGAAAUGAUAGUGAAAUCAAAUGGCAAAUAUCAGGGCAAAAUGACAACUUUGAAGACUCUGACAGUGCGCUCUGACUUGUAGACAUUAAUCAUUACAGGGUGCAGUGAAAGCGACAAGGUUUAUGAGAAAAGAUCGACUGGUAUAAAGUGUGCUGUGCACACACUUCAAUUAGUUAUUAAAUAUGCAAUAAAGGAUGCUGACCUGGAAGGAUUUUUAGGAGACUGUCAUGAACUUGUUUGAAUACUUCAUAUUCUAACGUUGUUUACCAAAUUUUUGGAAAAUAAGGAAAUCUGUACUGGAUUGCCCAACAAGGUGGAACAGUACAUGUUAGAAACCUCACUAGGAUGCAAAAAUCUCUGCCAUGUCUUAGCUGAGAAUAAUACGAAAUAUUACUGUUCUAAUGACAAACAAGCAUAUGUCAAAUUAAUUUUGGAAACUUUAAAACCUUUAAAGAAAUUUGUGGUAAGAUUGCAAAGUGAACAUUUAACCGUAAGUGGUUUUUGGUAUGUGGAUGGAAACUAAGCUAAAAUUAAGAAUUCUUAAUAAUACACUUGGGAACACAUUGAUUGAAAAGUGCAGCGUCAGGAAAAAAGUGAUCAUUGACAAUGAGAGCAUAUUAGGAACAGUUUAUCUAGAUCCUCGUUAUCAAAUUUUAAUUAGAUCUGAACUUAAGGUGAAGGCCAUAUUACAUUUAAAAAACAUUUGGGAUAUGAUAGAAAAUCUGAAAAAGAAGAAUAUGAAAGUGUAACAAAGAACGCAAUUCAGGAAAUACUCGUUUAAAAUGAUAAUGUUGAUGAGAUGGAAUUAAAAAAAGUUAAAUUGAGAUCAAAUGACUGUACUGUUAAUAUUGACUAUAUUAACAAGCUUUGAUGAUAUACAAAGAGUUGAGGAAAAAAAGUAUUUUUUAAUUUUGGGAAAAUUGCUAACAAUAUCCCCAUGUACAUGAAAUUGCUGUGGUAGUUUUGGGUGCACCAGCUACUCAGGUCAGUGUUGAGAGAGCUUUCUCAGGUUUGAAAUCCAUCUUGCAAGACAACAGAGAUAACUUAAAUUGAAAAAAUAUCGGGAUAUUUUUUCUUUUAAUUAGGUAUAAUUAUGGUUUAUUGCAAUGACUGUAUAGUUGUGUACAAAUUCAAUCUAUAUAAUAAAAUGUUUAUUUUAUGUAAUGUUAAUGCAAUUCUUC